CUCGGCUCAUAUGGCAGCCGCCUCGGCACCCGGACCCGCGGCCCGCUAAGGGGCGGCCCCGCGGCCCGGCCCAGCCCUUCGGCGGAGCCCGUCGGAUCCGGCCCCGCUCUGCGCCCCGGGGAGCUCUGUCUCCGAGCCCGAGGUGAGGACCAAGAGGGCAGAGGCGCGCUGGGCUGGGGGCGCUCAGAAGAUCCCAGGCCCGGCGCCGUGGCUGAGCCGAGAGCGGCGGAAAUAGGAAAGGGACGUGAGAGCAAGUCCUACGAGGAGUUGGGGAUGCGGGGCUGGGAAUUCUUGCCGCCGGGAACCGGCCCCCGCGUCCCCUCCGUCCUCGAGGCCGCCUCUCGGCGCUGUCCCAGUCCCCGCAGACUCCGUCCCGACUGCGUUCCCAGCCCCGGCCCAUCCUCGCCCAGACCUUUCUCCAGUCUGUCCAUCCUUCACCUCCCUCCUGCAGAGCCUGCUCCCGGUCCCUGUCUCCAAUUCCUUCGCCUGCUCAAACCUUCCUCGCCCCCGCCCUCUCGCUGCCCUCACCUCCUUCUUCUGUCUGGACGCCCCUUUACUCCCUCGGCUCCUGUCACUCGAAACAGGAAUCCAUGCCACUAUCCCCGGGUCCGGCCGCCUCCCAGCCUGUGCCACCCCACAGGUGUCUGCACGCCCGUCCGUCCGUCUGUCCCUCCCUCCUGGGGCUGGCACUGACCAUGCCCAGCGGCUGCCGCUGCCUACAUCUCGUGUGCCUGUUGUGCAUCCUGGGGGCACCCGUUCAGCCUGCCCGAGCCGAUGACUGCAGCUCCCACUGUGAUCUGGCCCACGGCUGCUGUGCUCCUGACGGCUCCUGCAGGUGUGACCCAGGCUGGGAGGGGCUGCACUGUGAGCGCUGUGUGAGAAUGCCUGGCUGCCAGCAUGGUACCUGCCACCAGCCCUGGCAGUGCAUCUGUCACAGUGGCUGGGCAGGCAAGUUCUGUGACAAAGAUGAACACAUCUGUACCACGCAGUCCCCCUGUCGGAACGGAGGCCAGUGUGUAUACGACGGGGGUGGCGAGUACCACUGUGUGUGCCCAUCAGGCUUCCAUGGGCGUGACUGCGAGCGCAAGGCUGGACCCUGUGAGCAGGCCGGGUCCCCGUGCCGGAAUGGUGGGCAGUGCCAGGAUGACCAGGGCUUUGCCCUCAACUUCACGUGCCGCUGCCUGGCGGGCUUCGUGGGUGCCCGCUGUGAGGUAAACGUGGAUGACUGUCUGAUGCGGCCUUGUGCUAAUGGCGCCACCUGCCUGGAUGGUAUUAACCGCUUCUCCUGCCUCUGCCCUGAGGGCUUUGCUGGACGCUUCUGCACAGUCAACCUGGAUGACUGUGCCAGCCGCCCAUGCCAGAGAGGGGCCCGCUGUCGGGACCGCGUCCAUGACUUUGAUUGUCUCUGCCCCAGUGGCUAUGGUGGCAAGACCUGUGAGCUGGUCUUAUCCAUCCCAGAUCCUGCCACCACAGCAGACAUCCUCCCGGCGCCCACCUCAGCUGUGGUGGUACCUGCCACCAGGCCUGUCCCCCACAGCGCAGGGGCCGGUCUGCUGCGCAUCUCUGUGAAGGAGGUGGUGCGGAGGCAAGAGGCCGAACUGGGCGAGUCUAGCCUCGUUGCUGUGGUGGUGUUUGGGGCCGUCACUGCCAUCCUGGUCCUGUCCACAGUGUUGCUGAUCCUGAGGGCCUGGCACCGGGGUGUCUGUCCCCCUGGACCCUGUUGCUACCCUGCCCCGCACUAUGCCCUGGCACGCCAGGACCAGGAGUGUCAGGUUAGCAUGCUGCCAGCAGGACUCCCCCUGCCGCCGGACCUGCCCCCCGAGCCUGGGAAGACCACAGCACUGUGAUGGAGGCGGGGGCUUUCCGGCCCCCUCCUUCACCUCCUGCACUGCUCAGACUGGAGUGGUCCUUUCUUACCACCCCUCAGCUGGGAUUCACACACUGGGGCACCUCAGCCUCACACCAGAAAUAUUAUUUUUUUAAUACACAGAAUGUAAGAUGGGAAUUUUAUCAAAUAAAACCAUGGAAGUGCA